AUAUUGGAUGAAGAAGAAAUGUAUGAGAAAGGAGGUCCUUUUACAGUUUCACAACUCUGCGCAAUUGCGAAAUUUUGUAAUCAUUUUUGUUUUCGUUCAGUUUGGAACGGUUAUGUGAAUACACAGCAGCUAUCCAAUUGUGCGUUAUUCUCAUCGGUUUACCAGCUUUGUAUGCUCCUUUAUAAUCGUGACUGUCGACGUUCGUUUACGAAAGAUGCGAAGUUUUGGUUGGCACCGUAA